UCAAACCCGUCAACGGCUUCGGCCACCGGAACGAUGGUUCGCCAGCCAUGCGUUGCAGCUGCUUUGAUGGCUUCCUCAGAGCGGAGGCGGCUCCGCUUGCACCGCCGCCGCCAACACCGCCGCCCUCGCUGGCACAAAGCCCGACAGAGGCAGAUGCCCAGGUGCCCAGGGGCCGGCGGAAGUCGCGGACAUACUCGAAGAUGUCCAGCUUCGUCCCAGAAGAGCCCGAUGACUUGGAUGACAUCGCGGACAUGUGGAGGUAUUAUGCCUUUGUGGCGGAGAAGCAGGUGCAGACGGCCACCGGCAGAAUGGUGGAGAACCAACUGCCGGAGAGCGAGAGUUCCUCGGCUCCCCCGGUGCUAACGCCGACUCGCAGGUCCGUGAUUCGAGGACCUCAACUGCUGCAGAACUCGCUUCUGCAAUAUUUGUCUCACACGGUUUCCGAUGCCAUCGAGCAAGGCAUCAUUAGCAAGGAGGACUUUCCUCAGGCGAUGGGCAAGCGCGGAGAGUACAACCCCAGCAAGGGCCACUUCCAGGCGGCGGUGGUCUUCGCGGACGCCUCGGGCUUCACGGCCUUGACGGAGGCCUUGGCCAAGCAGCCCCACGGCGCGCAGGAGCUGGGCGGCUGUUUGAACGGCUUCUUCGGGGCUCUCAUCGACAUCAUCACUCGCCACGGGGGCGAUGUGCUGAAGUUCAGCGGGGAUGCGCUGACCAUCCUGUGGCGCGUGGCGCCAGGUGAUGAGAGUGACGAGGCGCGGCGCGCGGCCGUGUUCAGCGCCUGCUGCUGCUGCGAGGAGGUUCAGCGCGGAGCGCAGUCCUUUGGGCAGACCCCGAUGCCGGACAUCCGCCUUACGCUGCACAUCGGGGUCGGCUUUGGACCGCUGAAGCUUCUGCAGCUAGGUGGGCUGCUGGACCGAUGGGAGUUCUGUGCUGCAGGUCAACCACUGGAGGAGGUGGCCAUUGCGGAGCCCCUCGCCAAGCCCGGAGAAACGGUGGUGAGCCCCUCCGUGCGCGAGCUCCUCCAGGGUUCCAGCUUCUUCGGCUUCCAGGCGCUGCCAAGCUCGGACUACGCGCUGCUGGUGCCCAAAAGCCAACCCCCGGGCAAGGAGCUGCGGAACCCCAAGCGCCGGCCGAACCUGGACGGCUUGGUGGUGCAGCGCUACGUGCCACAGGCUGCCAAGAGGUUGCUGUCGCAGCAAUCGGAGUCUCUGAUUUUGGGCUUGGAACCCGAGAUGCGCCGAGUCUCUGUGAUCUUCCUCUCCAUCCGAGGUCUGGACCCCGGGCGGGCGGAGGAGGACGGCGGCCGCACGCAGCAGCUGGUGCAGCUGCUGCAGGCCUCCUGCUACGCCUUCGAAGGCAGUGUGAACAAGUUCCUGGUGGAUGACAAAGGCAUGCUGCUGCUUUGUGCCUUCGGCCUUCCUCCGCUGAACCACUACCUCGAUGACCCGCUGCGCGCGGUGCUGGCGGCGGCCCGGUUCUGCGACACCUUGGCGGAGGAGGGCCUCGACGGCCGCGCCGGGGUGGCCACGGGCACCGUGUGGUGCGGCACUGUGGGCAACACCACCCGCCGGGAGUACACGGUGCUGGGGGACACUGUGAACCUGUCUGCGCGCCUCAUGGCGCGCACGGAGAGGAACACCGUGCUGGUGGACGGGGCCAGCUUCAGAUCCUGCAAGAGCACCUUGGCCUUUGAGAACCUCGGAGCCAUCAAGGUGAAAGGCAAAAAGGACCAAGUGGAGGUCUAUCGCUUCACAGGACAGCUGCUUCCGCGGCGAGACCGGGAGCGGAAAGGUCUGCAGACCUCUCUCCUCUCUUGGGAAGAGUGGCCCGCCCGCGAGGAGCUGAUUGCUGCCCUAGACCUGCAGCUGCAGAACUCAGGAGGCCUCGUGGUGGUGCACGGCGGCCCGGGCUGCGGCAAGACGGAGCUGGCGGCGCACGUGCGCGCCUGGGCGCUGGAGCAAAACCUGGCGGUGCUCUCAGGUCAGAACCAGAGCCCCACCGGCACGCUCUCCGUGCCGCGCCUUUGCUGGCAGGAGGUCUUUGCGGCGCUGCUCAAAGAGGCGAAGAGCGAUCCGUUUUGGAACCCCAGGGCGGGUGCAGCCAACGACCGCCAGAUCCUCCGCAAGCUGCUCACGGCGGCGGGCGCGGACAAUGAGAUCAUGGCUUGGCUACCAGUGCUGCGGCUCUUCUUUCCUCAGCUUUACUUCGGCCCCAACGUGGUGAAUGCCAUGGUGGAGCGUGACAACCUCCAUGCGACCACCCGGCCCUUGCGGGUGGUGACGCUUUGUAAGAUGCUGAUCGAUGCCUUCUCCACGCACUCCACCAAGAGUCAGGGCGUGGUGGUCUUGCUUCACCUCCGGCGCUCGACCUCCUUCUUCGGCCAGUCGGGCGACUACGACGAAAACAUCGUGGACGGCAUAGCCCAGCUCUGCCAGCACCGCGGGGAUCGCAAGCCGCUGAUCUUCUGCGUGGUGACCCGAGAGGCCGCGCUGCCCUCCAAGGCGCUGCUGCCAGCGGCGCGGGAUGUGCAGGGCGAGGUGCAGGUGAGCAAUCUUUCCAGCGACAUGACGGAGCUGUACGUGCAACAUAUGGUCAAGGCCGAAGGCCUGGACCCGGAUCUGCUGCAGUACAUCUACGAGAGCAGUGGCGGCAACCCUUCGGGGGUGGAGAUCGUGGUGUCGGAGCUGCGAAAGAGCAGCCGCAUCCAGGUUCGGGAGGGCCGGCUGGAGCUCAUGGAGGGCAUGCGACUGCGCCGGGAGUACCCGGAGGCGUUGAUUGGCAUCGCGCUGGCGGCCUUCGAGCAACUGAAGCCCUUGCAGCAGGACUUGGUGAAGAACAUCGCCAUGUGCAGCCAGGAGGCAGACGCCGAGGUGCUGAACCUCGAGGACCUCGCGGAGGCCUUGGAGUGGGACUUCGAUCAGCUGCAGCAAGACUGCGCCCGGCUGGUGACGCAAGGUGUCUUCCGCCCUGUGAUGCCGCUGCCCAAGAGGAUGACGCGCAGGAACCUGGCAUCGGGCUCACAAUCCUCGCUCACCUUCACCCCCAGCGCAGGCAACUCGCCCGCGCGCGGAGCGCGGCGCCUGCCCAGCGACAUGGAGCUCUGCGCGAUUUCCUUCGGCUCCCAGCUGCUGCGGCACGUGGCGCCGUCCCCGGCGCGUUGCAGUCCUUUCGUUGGUGCUGCAUUCGCAGACAGAGCGGAUCCGAAGCAAACUGCCUGAUGAGCAGCCGGAGCCGCGGGAGGAGGUUGUGAUCGGCGAGCCGGUGAGGAGUGCAGAUAGUGAUGCCAUGGUCCAGGAAACCUUUUGAGUGCGGGCCGAGGCUUCCGAUUUGGCCAAGAU